UUUUUUGUAAUUGUAUGAUGUUAUCUAGUUAUUCUGGUAGCAAACACAAUUAUUUUAUGUUAUAAACACAUAUCAAUUCACAUUGUUUAUUAAUACAAUUUCUUAUUGCUCUUUAUUGCGUGUCACUAGUUCAUUCGGACUAUCAGUGUUGUGUUGUUUUACGAGUUUCCAAAAGUGUAAAUUCCAGACAUUUCAUGGUUUAGUGUUCGUACUGUUCGUGAUUCAUAAGUAUAAUAAGUAUCCAGGAUGCAUCUUGGUGUAAAUUUGUCCAAUGCUCUUCAGCAAUUGGAAAGUGUGAAAGCUGCUGUGGAUCAAAGUGACGAUCCGAAACUGAAGGCUGCUACGAAUGAUGACCUGAACAUGUUGAUUAGCUUGCUGGAGAGUCCGAUCCUGAAAAGCAUAGCAACACUUCAGGACUCUGUUGGCAUGCUCGCUACACAAGUGGCUCAUCAUCCUUCCAUUCUGCCUGGUGACUUUGAUAUUACUCCUGCAGGUGAACUUGCUCUCCAAGCUCGAAACUUGUACGGCGCGGAGGGCGAGGAAGAACAGCGAGUCCCACAGGUGUCUCCGCCGCAUUGUCUCGAUUUUGGGUCAAGCUCGGACAACGAGCGCGUGUUGGGGCUCGACUCUGCCUCCAUCGACUCUAAUAUGUCGCCUAAACAGAGUCACGGCAUCCUCGAAAUGUCCAGAAACGACGACUCUCUGGCGUCUGCCUCUCCUAACAUAGUUGCGGGCGACUGGGCGCAAGUGGAGGUCAUAAACCUCGUCAACGACGGCACUGGCCUUGGAUUCGGUAUAAUUGGGGCAAGGACCCGUGGUGUAAUUGUAAAGACCAUCUUGGCGGGUGGCGUCGCGGACCGCGACGGGCGUCUCAAGUCUGGAGAUCACAUUCUACAAAUAGGAGAUGCUCAUUUAGUGGAAAUGGGUUCCGAGCAAGUAGCAGGCGUGCUCCGAGCAUCCGGUUCCCGGGUCCGCCUGGUGGUAGCCCGCGCCGUGGACCCGGCGCUAGCGCCGCCCGCAGCCGCGCCGCUCGUCCCCGCUAGGCUCCUGUCGGACCCGGAGGCGCUGGACCGGUAUCUGCUGGAAACCGGUUUCGAGCAGGUGUUCCACACCCAGCCGGUGCACCACCCGCCCACUUCUCGGUUCGUGUUCGACAGCGCGGUGACGCCGCCCCCAGAAACAGAUGCUGAAUCACCAGAAGUCGACAGAUUUACGGUGCAGUUGAAGAAGGAUGAGAAUGGACUGGGAAUAACUAUAGCAGGUUACGUGUGCGAAAAAGAGGAGCUUUCGGGUAUCUUCGUGAAAUCUGUGUCUGCGGGUAGCGCGGCGGCAUUAAGCGGGCGUGUGCGAGUCAACGAUCGCAUCGUGGCCGUGGACGGUGCGUCGCUGGCCGGCAAGUCCAACCAGCGCGCCGUCGACGCGCUUAAACAGAGCGGGAACCUCGUCACACUCGAGCUGGAGAGAUACCUGCGCGGUCCUAAAUAUGAGCAGCUGCAGCAAGCAAUAGCAGCGGGCGAGAGCGCUGGGGCCGCCACCGUCGCGCACAACCCGUUCCUGCACAUGCACCGCCCGGAACCGGCGCACCACGACAUACAGAUGACGACCUUGCACAACCUGGAAUCCAGCGUGGAGGACCCGGCGCCGUCGCCGCCGCGCAGUCCGCCCGCAGCGCGCGCGCAGCCCGCGUUUGAGAUGCCGCGCACCGCUGAACAGAAGGAGGCUAUUAGGAGGAAGUGGCAGUCCAUAUUAGGCGAAGACGUGGAAAUAGUAGUAGGAGUAGUGAUGCGCGGCGGCGGCGGGCUCGGCAUCUCGCUCGAGGGCACGGUGGACGUGGAGGGGGGCCGCGAGGUGCGGCCGCACCACUACGUGCGCUCCGUGCUGCCCGAGGGGCCCGUGGGCCGCGCCGGCGUGCACCGCCCCGGCGACGAGCUGCUCGAGGUGAACGGCCACCGUCUGCUGGGCAUGAACCACCUGGAGGUGGUGUCGAUCCUGAAGGAGCUGUCGAGCGAGGUGUGCAUGGUGUGCGCGCGGCCGCGCCCCGCCGCCGCCGCCGCCGCGCAUGCGCACGCGCACGCGCCGCCGCUCGACCUGGCGCCGCCCGCGCCCACGCUCGUCAAGGCUAAAUCAGACGGCAGCCUAGCUGGCGCGGGCGCCGAGGAAGGCGGGUCGCUGUCGGGCGGGAAGGUGCGGUCACGCAGCCUGGAGCCGCUCACCGGGCUCGCCAUGUGGUCUUCCGAGCCGCAGAUUAUAGAACUGCUGAAAGGCGAGCGCGGCCUCGGCUUCUCAAUCCUGGACUACCAGGACCCGUUGCGACCCGCGCACACGCUCGUGGUGAUCCGCUCGCUCGUGCCGGGCGGCGUGGCGCAGCAGGACGGCCGGCUCAUCCCCGGCGACCGGCUGCUGUUCGUCAAUGACCAGAACCUCGAGGACGCGAGCCUGGAGCAGGCGGUGGCGGCGCUGAAGGGCGCGGCGCGCGGCGUGGUGCGCAUCGGCGUGGCCAAGCCGCUGCCGCUCGUCGACGCGCCGCCGCCGCUGCCCGCCUCCCAGCCGCCCCGACACGACUGAACAUGAACACCACACCACCGGUACCCUAUGUCACUCAAUUUCUACCCUACAGCAGGAGUUCCUAAUUUUUAUCAGUCCGCGGAGCACUUGUAAGUUUAAAAUUUAAUUUCAACGCCCUAACCUAGUUGGGCUAUUCGAAAUACAUAGACCCAGUUUUACUCUCUACGGCGCACAGUUUGGGAACCCCUGCCCUGUAGCAAAUAUUCAUUGUAUAAAAUUCUAGUCUGAAACAAAUUCAUGCUUAGAAUUUGACAGGCAGUAUCGAUUGCGCUGUUCGGUUUCGUAUAAUUACGCGGUGACUCAGGCUAUCAAAAGUUCACAUUUGACAACUAAAGCAAAUAAAUAAAUGAUUUAUGAUUUAAACUCCCGCAAAACAUGGAGAUGUGAAACGUCUACUUCGGUUGUCAAAGUCGGAACUCGAUUUAUUUAGACUUUACAAUUACAUCUCCUACAAUCGAUAACUCUCCCGCUUUACACAGACUGUUUAUUUAUUUUAUUUAACAUUUUAAAUCAGGCAACAUCAACAAGGCCCAAAGGUUUAUGUAAAGGUAUUAUGAUUACGGUCAGCCAGACUUUCUGUAUAUUCUCGGUAAGCGAAACUAAAACUAAUAUCUGCCUUACGAAUCGUCUAAGAUAAAAGAUGCAUAUCGUGCCGUACUAAUCGGUCACGUAUAAAUUUAAAGACAGAUAGCAAUACGAAACUAUCAUCAUCAUGACUAUAUGAAUUCAAAAUAAGAACAAACUUUAAUUAAUAAUAUAUUAAAAUUAUUUUAAACUUUUUUAUACAUACCAAAAAAACAUAAUCAAAGCCAUGACUUUCAAAACGAAGAGAGACUACUAAAAUCAUAAUCCUUCUGUUAUAAUAGCAACCUUUAAGUAUGUAAUGAAUAAAAUAUUUAAACGAAUUUAAAAUGCUUUGGAAUUGAGGAAGACCUCUUAUAACUGUUCAAAAUGUUCCAUAAGGUUUAAUAUCAUCAUUUUUUUGUUUAACUAUAUAUUUAUAUAUUAAAAUUAUGUACUUAUUUAAAUUAAAUAUUCACUGUAUUUGACUUAUCAAAGGAAUUUAUAAUAUUGUUGACCGUGUUAUUAGAGGAAUUGACGCAUUAAGUAGGUUAAAUGAUUGUUUUUAAUAAUAUAACUUUUAUGACAUUCCAAUAUCAUAAUUAAAUUUUUCAUGUGACCUGUUAUAGACUUAUGUGUGUACUUAAUUAAUUAGAUGAUAAAUUCAUAAUGUAAUUUUUAGUCAAUUACCUUAGUUAUAGACAUUAGCCCUCCAUUAUGUUAGAUAGUAGAUAUUAUACUUCCUCAAGUAUUCUAUUUAUGUUUAUUGUAAGCAGUAAUAUUUUAA